AUGCCAAAUAAAAAAUAAACCAAUUUCUAUUGUUUUGCAACAAAUCAACUUGAAUUCCAAACUUAUAAAUUUCUAUUAAUUUAUGACGUUCCACCUCACCAUAGAUAAAUUAUGUCUUAAUUUUCUCAAGUUUUAGUUGUAAACGGACGCCAUUCCAUUCCUAAUCCGAAAUGUCAACCUAAUUCUUGCUCAAUCUUCGUGAGCUCGUUGAUUACAAUUAUUUUCAAAAUAUCCAGCUAUCCAUCAUCUGUAUCGGUGUAAUUUUAAGCAGAAAAGACAAUCAUGGGCAGUUAUCGGCGGGCAAUCAUGACGGGCUUCCUCUGUCGCCUGUGUUCACUGUACAAACAUGUUGUUAUCCAUUUGUACAGUCGACGUGCCCGAGAUCUUUCCCUGCUGGAGAAAAUCAAAAUUCUUCCUGUUAGUAUUAAAAAGUACGAUAAACUGCCGAAAACAGUCUGUGAGUCUUGUGUUGAGAAGUUAUGUAGUCAGUAUGAAUAUAUACAACAAAUCAGGAAGAAUCUGGAGAUACAAGUGAAGCAUCAAACCACACAUGCAAAUGGUUGUCCACCAGGGUGUUUAUUAAGUGUUGUAAGCAAUGCAGGUGCUUCAACUUCCACCAGUUCUUCAGCAGAAGCACGAUUAGCGUCGUCUUCAUCGCGUUUGCAUGUGAAUGAAAACGGCGAGCAGAUAUCGCAUCCCAUACGCGUUGUUAUCGUGGAUCAUAAUGGUGAGAAUAAUGGUGAAGGCUCAAACAGCUGAUGAUUUUCCAGCACAAACAGAAAUCAAUUCUGUGGUUGUAACAAUUCAAGUGUUUUAAAUGUUCAGUUCCUAUCCAGAGAUGUGAACUCGUGAAACGUGGUGAAAAGCUCAAGCUAUGUACAAGCAAUUUCCUUGAUAAUUUAACGUUGUGUUGUUGAAUGACUGGUAUUUCUGAAUUCUGAACAAAAGAAUCUUUUUUAUAUUAUAUUGUUAUUAAAACUAGGAUUAUUUUAGCGUUUAGGAUUUAUGUUGAUUGUGCAGGUGAUGUUCACGAUGUUGAAAUAAAGUGAUAUUUGUACCCAUAA